AUGCUGUGGCUGAGUACCAGCGAGCACCGCCGCUUUCAGCAUCUGUACCACGGUCACCCGUACGGUGCCCUGAGCGGGUGCGCUAGAACUUCUGGCGGUCAGGUACAGCUGUGGCAGUUUCUCCUUGAAGAAUUGGCAGCCGGCGCGCCUGGGAUCUGCUGGGAGGGUCCCCCCGGCGAUGGCGAGUUCCGUCUGUCGGACCCUGACGAGGUGGCGCGGCGGUGGGGCCGGCGCAAGCAGAAACCCAACAUGAACUACGACAAGCUCUCCAGGGCGCUGCGAUACUACUACGACAAGAAUAUCAUGAGUAAGGUACACGGCAAGCGGUACGCCUACCGGUUCAGCUGGGCGGGGCUGACGGCCGCGUGCCAGGCCCAGGCGGCCGACACCCCCCCCUACUGGCACUACCUGCCUCCCACGCAACACACGCAGCAACCACCACCGCCGCCAACCACACACUGA